UUCGAUAUUUGUAUAUAUUCUGAAGGCAAGUUGACACCAAGUGAUUUUGUAAAUAAAAAUAUAUCAAAUAUUAAAUAUAAAAAUAUCAAAAUUCAAAUUUGUGACAAAUUUACAAAAUAUUUUUUACUGAUUUAAUUUUUUUUUGUUGAUAAAAUAAAUAUAAGAAUUUGAAUGAGGUUAUGAGUGACAAAAAUGCCACUAGGAGUUACAAAACCCGUGUGUAUAAAAUGCGAAGCAACAGAAACUCCUCUGUGGCAUUCGACAGAACUUGGAAGUCUGUGUAACAAAUGUCUGGAGGAUGAGAGAAACGCAUCGAAUUUAUCAAAAAAAAAUGACGAUGAAGAUCAAGGAUCCAAACCCUCACGUAAAAGCACCAGGAUCACACGCUGGUGCAAACCCACCAAAACCAAUGAGACGUCGUUGCCAUCGACCCUCAGGACUGUCCCCAAGGGCAAAGGCCGCCGUCAUAUUUUUAAAAAACCCCCAACUAAAGCUCCUUCGUCGGUAGCGACCCCAGUCACCAGCAAUUUCGUAUUCUACAAGGGCUCGUAUUUUCAAGUAGGCGACGUUGUCUCAGUCCAGGACAUUGAUGACGGGGGAAUUUACUACGCUCAGAUACGGGGAUUCAUUACUGAUCAGUACUGCGAAAAAAGUGCCGCGAUAACGUGGCUGCUGCCCACUGUCACCAGUCCACCACCGGAAGAAGGUUUCAGUCCGGAAACUUAUAUAAUUGGCCCUGAAGAAGAUUUACCCCGAAGACUGGAGUGCAUGGAAUUUAUAAUGCACGCGCCCUCGGAUUAUUACAGACUAAAAAAUACUCCAUACCCGCCACCGCUUAUUGAAAGUGCUACUGGUGGGUACAUAUGGACAUCACUUGGAAAUGAAACUACGACUAUUUAUAAAAAGUAA